AUGAAACUCCUCGAUAGUGUCUGUGAGACUCUCACGAGGGCUCUGGGUCUAUCUUCCUUGUCACCAUGGGGCCACGAUGCCAACAACCAGCAGGCUGUCGGCCCUAUCAUACACAAUGUGGGACCUGGGGCAGGCGCCAAGAGCUCCAAGGCAGGCCACACAAACACCAAUUACUACGAGCCACGGCUGCCGGGGAUGGAAGGUUACAAACUCGAGAACAAAGUGCUCGAUAAGGUCGAGGCCAAGGCGACCACACAGCAGAUCGUCGACCAAACCCGGCUCAAUGUUGGCCGUCCACCACCAGAGGUCCUUCCACCGGGUCCUAUAUUUGCCCCACCGAACUCAAAUAUGGACUUCAUCUGCGAUUACUCAGCGAUGCGAGGGUGGAAGCAUACCGCAGGGCCGGGCAAGCGAAACCAAUGGCUUGAGAAACCCAUCUCGGAAUCUAGCCCUGAGGGAGGCGUCUUCGACAUCUUCACAGACUAUGAUCGAUUUGCCCCGAUUGGCGUUACUCGCAAGUAUCACCUCAACGUAACGGACCAGAACAUCAACACCGAUGGAGUCAACCGCCCAGAUGGCGGCAAGGUCUUCAACGGCCAAUAUCCAGGGCCCUUGCUCGAGGGCUGCUGGGGUGACACGAUGGAAAUCACGGUCGAGAAUCACUUGAAGUAUAACGGCACCACGGUCCACUGGCAUGGCGUACGGCUCCUGAAUGCCUUCGAGCACGACGGCGUCAAUGCCAUCACCCAGUGUCCCAUCGCGCCCGGAGAUAGCUACACCUAUAAGUUCAAAAUCACCCAAUACGGCACCUCAUGGUAUCACAGCCAUUACUCACUUCAAUACGCUGAUGGUCUUGCUGGCCCCCUGACUUUCUACGGACCGUCCGCAGGAGAUUACGACGUGGCCCUUGAUCCUUACCUAUUUGGCGACUGGAGCCAUAAUAGCGCCUUUGAAGACUAUGCCGUGGAACUCCAUGACCCUCCAGCGCAUAUGACGACCGUCAUUCUCAACGGUAGAGGAUUCUACAACUGCGAGAACAACGCCAAUCCUGACUGCAGCAAUAACACCCUGAAGGUGGAUGCUCCACCAAUCUACGAGCAAGUAUUCGAGAGGGGACGACGAUACCUCAUGCGCCUGAUCAACACCUCGACCGCCUCGACCUUCAUCUUCUCCAUCGACAAGCACAUCCUCAAGAUCAUCACCUCGGACUUCGUAGCCAUCGAGCCCUACUAUGCGGAUUCCAUCCUCGUCGGCAUUGGCCAACGCUACAACGUAAUCGUCGAAGCCAACCCCUCGAACGACCUCAUCCCCGACGAAGAUCAGAACUACUGGAUUCGUAUCACCGGCGCCGACGGCUGCUUCGACAUCGAAGAAGAGCAGAAGAACGAGAAACUGGGCAUCAUCCGAUACAAUGAGGGCAGCCGCAAGACACCGACAACCAAAGCGUUCGAGUUCUCGAAAGUGUGCCGGGAUGAGCCGCUGAGUAGCUUGGUGCCCGUCGUGUCCAUGGAGGUGACGGCGCGCGAGCACCCCGCUAAUAGCAUCGACCCCGACACAGGCGACAACUUCGAAGUCGGCGUCGAAGUCGGCAACGCGAACUACACCGUCCCGCACGGCAACUUCUCACGGUGGGACAUCCUGGACACACCAAUGUGGCUCAACUUCUCCGACCCAACGAUCGACCACAUCGGCGACAAGAACUGGAACCCAGCCGAAUACGCGCUCAUAACCGAAGACUACGAGCGCGACAGCUGGGUCUACAUUGUCAUGACGGUCGCGGGCACCGACGCGCAGAAGAAGGCCGGCAAGCGCGUCUUCGUCCCCGUCGCGCACCCCAUGCAUCUGCACGGCCACGACUACAUCAUCCUCGCGCAGGAAGACCGCGCCUUCCAUCCCGACGACGUGAAGAAUGGGACGUUCAAGUACGACAACCCUACGCGCAGGGAUGUGGCGCUUUUGCCGAGGAAUGGGUACUUAGCGGUGGCGUUCCGCACGGAUAAUCCGGGCUUGUGGAUUAUGCACUGCCAUAUUGCGUGGCAUGCGAGUAGCGGGCUGGCGCUGCAGGUGAGGGAGAAUGAGCAUUUGAUUAAUCUGGAUGAGGAGACGGUGAAGGAGAAGGAUCGGGUUUGUAAUAAUUGGAGGAAGUGGGAGGCCGAUAGUAAGAAUUGGUUUAAUCCGCAUGAGUUCCAGGAGGACUCGGGGAUUUAG